AUGACAGCCAGCUUGAGCAUUCUUGGUGGCCUUUUGCUUUCACUAUGGCUUCUAACCAUUAUAUACCGCGUUUUAUUCCACCCGCUUGCAAAGUUCCCAGGUCCUAAAUUGGCGGCCGUUUCCGACAUCUGGUACGCCCUAAAAUGGACCUCCGGUCGAUAUCCGUUCAUCAUGGAAGAAACGCAUCGUAAAUAUGGCGAUGUGGUGCGCAUUGCCCCCAAUGAACUUUCCUUCGCUAGUGUGCAGGCCUAUCACGAUAUCUACGGACAUGCGCUUAAAGAUAAGAAGAGGUUCAUCAAAGGUUCUUGGUACGAUGUAGCUGGAGACCACCCGGGUAUCGUCAGCGUCAGAGACCCCGUACAACACUCGCGGCAAAGGAAGUAUCUAUCUCAUGCAUUCAGCGCCAAAUCUUUACGCGGUCAAGAAACACUGAUUCAUGGUUAUGUGGAUCUAUUCCUGGGCCAAUUGCGUGACCUCGCAUUUGGCGAGUCUUUUUCUGCUGUUGCUGAAGGGCGAUCACACUUCUGGGUGUCACUCAUUAUUGAUGCAUCUUAUGCCAUGAUGCUCUCAGGGUUGAGAAAACGUGUUCCUCUCGUCAACCUGUAUCUACCAUUUGUGGUCCCGAAAGAUGCCAGUGUUAUUCAUCGAAAACAUAUGGCCUUGACUCGCGAGAAGAUGCUGAAACGGCUUGAGAUGCCCAAUUCCGAAGACCGCGGAGAUUUCUUCUCGCAUCUGUUGCGCAAAGGUGGCAAUAAAGUUCCGGAGCCUGAGCUUUGCCAACAAUCCAAUACACUUAUUGUGGCUGGGUCGGAAACCACAGCUACAUGCCUCACCGGGAUUGUCUUUUGCCUACUGUCAAAUGUGUCGUGUUUGGAGGCUCUUUCUAACGAAGUCCAUUCGCGAUUCCAGUCGGACACAGAGAUCACAGGAGACGCUACUGCAGAUUUAAAGUACCUCUCUGCAGUUAUUGAAGAAGGGCUUCGAAUCUUUCCGCCUGCGCCUUUCGGUCUUCCACGUGUUUCGCCCGGUGCUAUAAUAGACGGCCACUACAUUCCUCCAGGCGUCGUUGUGAGUGUAGAUCACUGGACUACCAAGCAUGAUGGACGCUACUGGAAAGAUCCACACGCUUUUAUACCAGAGCGUUGGAUCGAUGGGGGUUUUGGAGACACGAAGCAGGCCAGUCAACCCUUCUCACUUGGCCCGAGAGCUUGUUUAGGCAUCAACCUGGCGUAUCUUGAAAUGAGGAUUAUUAUCGCCAAGAUGGUGUAUCAUUUUGACUGGGAAUUGGUGAACAAUGAAGUUGAUUUGUUCAGGGAUUCAAAGCUAUACUUGCUGUGGAAAAAACCACGUUUGUUGGUCCGUUUCCACCCUCAUAAUUAG